AUGGGAAGAGACUGCCAGAGACUCCACGGCCACGGCGGCGGCGGAGCAAUCUCUUCACAUAAGUCAAAGAGAAAAGAAAAUGCAGCAAAUGGAUGCAUGGCUGCUUUUUAUCACUUAUUUGAUUUCCAAAGUCUCUACUUCCCUUCUCAUCAUAAUCUCACCAUUGAUUCUCCUUCAAGGUCAAAAGACUUGAAGUUAGUACAAGAGUCUCCACCAUCAACAACAUUCAAGGACAAGCAAAGUUUGAAUAUUCCUGUAAGCAUGCGAGUGAGGACAGAGACAGAGACAGAGACAAAGAGAUCAAGACUCACAGCUCUUGCGACUGAUACUUCGACUUCUUCAUCUGAAAUCUGCAACUCACCAGGAAGCAAAACACCAAACUUGGUGGCUAGACUAAUGGGUCUUGAUCUUCUUCCUGAUAAAACCCAUCCACUCACAAAUCUUCAUACUCUCACAAGCCAUAGACUUUCCCGGUCGGGGACGAGAUCUUUACCUGAGAGCCCUAGAAUCUCCUCUGCUCGGAAAUCGGAUUUCGACGUUCAUCGUCUUUCUCUUCAGCUGAACAAAGAGAGUAAGCAUGAAGAGUCUGGUUGUCAGAGGCUGAGACUGAUGAAACAAGAUCAAGAAGAGAACCGGAGUCCGAGAGAUUACGCGAGGCAGAUUGUAAAACAAAUCAAACAGAGAGUCGUCACCAGAAGAGUCGUUGGUAUGGAUAUAACAAACUCAGUGAAGAACAGAGAGGAGGCAAGACAAUCACAACAAAACACCAGUAAUGAGCUUAGAAGAAGAGACACAUCAGUUUCUUGCUCUCCAAGAACCAGGAGGUUCUCAGGUAAAGAGAACAAAUCAUCAUGUCAAAUCACACAGAAGCCGAAGCCGAAGCCAAAGCCAACGACGGUGAUCCUUGUCUCCGUGCCAAAAGCUUCUGGAGAGAAACAGAAGAAGACAAGAACAAAACAAAAGGAACUAAAACCUAUCAGCAAAUGCAAGAAGGCAGAGAGUGAAACAAGGUUCUUGUCUGAAUCAAGAGACGCUAAAGUUAAUCAUUGUAGCAGUUCUUUACAGAAGAAGAGAUCCAAGAAAACCCCAAAGUUGAAUCUUGACAAAAUCUCUGCCACAGAACCUCUUCAGAAACAGAUAAACGAAACUGAACAAGUGAAAUCGAACGAGGACGCAUCGAUUUGCUCCACUUCAACCGAGGAGAAUAGUCCGCAAGUAACGAGGAAUUACAAAUCAGACGAAGAAACCGUGAAACGACGACAAAACUAUCGUGGAUCGGAGCUAAUCGGCGAGCUCUGUUCCGCUGUAUCGAGAUACUGUUCAAUUCCAGGAGAGAUCGCUCUAGUGGACGUUUAUGAUCUUCUAGAGACGAAGAAAGUUGAAGAGGAAGGAGAAGAGAUCGUUGUAGAGAUUGAGCGGGAGAUCAUUGACGCGGUCGUGCAAGAAACGGCGUCCGAAUUGAUUUUAUUAUACCGGAGACGAACCAAAACGACGACGGACGGGAGCUGA